UUAUAUUGUUUUUAAUUAUAAGAAUCUAGUCUUUCUUUUUCUAUUAGAUGGCGCACGUAUACAGCAACGUGAUUGAAAGUGGUGGAUGGUGAGAAGGAUUUAGCCCAGUGGGUAUGCUAUAAUAUAAAAGUUGGUCCAUCAGAGAGUAUCUUAUGAUCAGAAAAUUAGUCUCAAAUUUGUUUUUCAAGACUGUACAUUCCAAAUCGCAUGUACUUUCACCUAGUAAGUAUAGUUUGCCAAAGAAGUCUUUGUCAUUCGUUCCUAUGAAUACAAGUAUUAUUCCAUUCACUAUGAAAAUUGAUUCACCUCAGUUCCGUGCCAUUUUCACCCCCGAAGUCAAAGAACUAGUGGAUAUUUUUCGACGACAUGGCUAUGAAUUAAGAAUAGCAGGUGGAGCAGUUCGAGAUUUGCUGAUGCAUAUUCAACCUCAUGAUGUUGAUUUUGCCACCACUGCAACACCUGAUCAGAUGAAAGAAAUUUUUCAAGCAGAAGGGGUUCGAAUGAUUAACACCAAGGGAGAAAAACAUGGAACGGUGACAGCUCGUAUUAAUGACAAACAAAACUUUGAAGUAACAACGUUGAGAAUAGAUGUGAAAACAGAUGGGAGGCAUGCAGAGGUUGAAUUCACAACUGAUUGGCAGCUAGAUGCAAAUCGACGAGAUCUGACCUUCAAUUCCAUGUUUUUAGGUUUGGACGGGACUGUCUAUGACUAUUUUCAUGGAAUUGAGGACUUGGAAAAAAGAAGAGUGAAUUUUGUAGGAGAGCCCAAACAGAGAAUUCAAGAAGACUAUCUUCGUAUUUUACGAUACUUUAGGUUUUAUGGAAGGAUUGCUGUUGAACCAGAUAAUCAUGAGGCUAGAACUUUAACAGCUAUUCGAGAAAACAUUGGAGGUUUAAAGGGUAUAUCAGGGGAAAGAAUUUGGGUUGAAUUGAAGAAAAUUCUAAUGGGUAAUUACAGUAAAGACCUAAUUAUUAGAAUGUUGGAUUUAGGAAUAGCUCCUUUUAUAGGUUUACCUGAUACACCAAAUUUAGACGAAUUCCGCAAAGUGUAUGAGAGAGCACUGUUUCUACAGCCUCAGCCAGUAACAUUACUUUCAGCACUGUUGGACAGUGAAAAUGAGGUCCAGCUCCUUCACUCUCGCCUCAAGUUUUCAAACUAUGAACGGGAUCUAGCUCUUUUUAUUGUAAGACAUCGAGACAUCAAAGAUUGUGAAACUCCUCUCAGGCCGUACCAAGCUCUUGUUUUCACAACCAAAGGCAAGCUUGGAGAUAUUCAGGAAUGGGUGUGUGAGGUUUUGAAAUAUCAAGGUGAAGAUCAACUUCUUGACAAGUUCCGAGGGUGGCAGGUGCCAAAGUUUCCCAUAAAUGGCCACAUGCUGCUAGACAAAGGGGUCAAAGGUGGUCCUCGUUUUACCAGAAUAAUGACAAGAUUAAGAGAAAUAUGGGUUGAUAGUAACUUUCAAAUGACUUCAGAUGAACUGUUACAACAGUUACCAACUGUUGCAGAAGAAGUUGGUUAGGCUUUAUUAUUAAUGUUAAUUAGCUUGACUAUGUAAAAUAAUCCAAGAAAAUCCAAACAACCUUUCAUUAACUUUUGCUUUAGAAGAAUUACUCCACAAAAGUUUUUUUUUGUUUAAUUCUGAUAAUUUAUCAGCAGCAUCAAAAUAAGACUGAUAGGGUGGACAGUCAGUCCUUUUUACUUCUUCGAUUGCCAUUGUAAUUUUUUCUUAAUUAAAUGAAUAUUGAGGUGGAGUAGAACUGAAAAAACCCUGCUAAACUGCAAGACAGGAGAUUUAAUCAAUUAAGCUUCAAUGCUGAAUUUUCAGUUUUCAUUUUGGUUUUCACAGGAUGAAACUCUUUUAAGUUGCACUGUGAAAUCCAAAAUUCAUUAAAUAAAUAAACUAGUAAAAGGUUAAAAAGAUAAGAACAAAAUGGAGUUGUGAAUACAGUGGUGGUGUUACAAAUUAUCUUUUAUAAACAAGAAGCCAGUCUAGCCAUUUGAUUAAUUUAAAUACAGAAAUGUUUCAUUUGGCUAAUAUUAUUCUUAAAUCAAUCAUCUUUCAUGAUAAAAAUAUCAUUAACUGUAAAGUGCUUAUUGCUUAAAUAAAAUUGUGAUACUUAACCUAUUCA